CACGCUUCCAACCGGCUCAGUCCAUCGCCGACCGUUCACCCGAUCAGUUCUGUGACAGUGCAGUGACUUGUUCCGAUUACCUGAAGCCGUAUAAGUAAACUAUUGAGAUGUCAGCGUCCCCGAUAGCGAGGCAGACGACGGUGAGCCAGGCCAUCCCCACGCGGCGGGUGCUCAUCACGGACCCGGCGCAGAUGCCGGAUGUCUACUCCAGCACCCCUGGAGGCACCGUCUACUCCACCACUCCUGGCGGCACCAGAAUAAUCUAUGAGAAGUCAUUUCUGAUGUCGUUAUCGAAGUCUCCGAUCUCGCAGACGCCCCCGAAGUGCGCGCUGCCGGCGGCCAUGAUGAAGAACCCUGGCUCCGGCCCCGUGCUCCAGACCUCUGGACAGAAGAACCGCUCCAACUCGAUCUCAUUCGACGAGUCACAAGAAACCUUCAGCAUGGAUCUCUAGACACUAGCCUAAGUUAGCUCUAAGUAUUAGUUUAACGACUGAACGCGACUGAACUUUUUAGCGUUCGAAACGCGGUCGACGUUUAUCACUUUUGUGUUCUUUUUUGAAAAGUUGCGACUCGAGAUUUUGUUAUAGAGUCUUUAGAAGUGAAACGGGGGAUGACGGUUGUGUCCUGAGACUCCUGAGGUUCAGUGUCAGUUUUUUAACCAUUUGAGCUUGAAAGUAAACCCUAGUUUGUAUGGAGCGGAGGUAAUAUAGCGAGUCUACUGCUAGGUGGCUACUCUCCCAAAUUCGCUAAUUUCCACUGCUGAAAUUGUCUACUGCCGAGGAAUUGUCUUCUAGCACAGUUAUUGUAUCACAUAGAGUCCUUUCUAUUUUCGAAUAUCUAGAAUAAUGAGGUGAUGAUCGCGAUUUUUUUACUUAUUGUACAUAGAAUUUUACAAGUUGCGCGUUAAACGCACGGUAUGUUAGUAGGUGCUUAUAGCAUGACGUAUUUAAAAUGUUUGUGAGUAAGUGCCAUUUAUUAAAAGUUCAAAUUGAUAUUAAAUAUAAAUACUUUUAUCCAAUUUUAUAAUAGCUUUGUGUGACUCACGCAAUCUCAGAUUAUUAAUGGAUUAUCAAAUUUUAUUAUUAUAACUUUAAACAUAAUGGGUGUAAUGUAAACUUUAAAGUCACAGAUAUAUCUAAGCUUGUUCAACUUAAAUGAUUAAAAAGUAAGCAAUAUUUUAAUCUAGACGAUCUAGACUAGAAACUAGGUGUAGGCUUGGCGCCUGAAAAUUUAGUGAGCUAGUAUUAUUGUUGAUUCUUUAAAAGUCCAAAGCAUUUAUCUUAAAAAUGAAAUAAAAUAUUUUUUCAUGACAUAUUAUUGUAAUUAAGUUCACUUGUUACUUAUUUUGUGAAAUGAAAUGCAUCUGAAUGAUUGUGAAUAUUGUGAAAUACUUUGUUACUCUGUAAAACAUUGACUGCCAAAUUAUGGAAAUAAAACAUGAUAGUCUUGAAAGAUA